AUGGAAGCGGCACGGCACGCCCUUCAGGCCUUUGUGGACCGCUCCCUGGUACGGCGGUUGCCAAACGCGCCGCUGCUGACAAGUGCCAGCUUACAGGCGCUGGCCGAGCAGCUAGACGGCAGCUGCGGGUUUGCAGCCUGCUCGGCGCUUGCCUUCCUGCUCGCCCUCCU